UUAUACUAAAAGGCAUCUCCAGCGGCUUCCGAAUAUUCAGUUGCAUACUGAGCAUUUGUUAGCAGUGGCGUUUUCUGCUUAAUUCCCGAUAAAGAAUCAAGUUUUGUGGAAAGUUAAUUUCAUCAACCAACACAAUGUCGAGCGAUGAAAUUCAAAACGUCUGGCGCCAAACUGAUGCCGUGUGCUUUGACGUAGAUUCUACCGUAAUUCAAGAAGAAGGAAUUGACGAACUAGCAGGAUUCUUAGGAAAAGGAAACGAAAUCGCUCGACUAACGAGAGAAGCAAUGUCCGGAGACAUGACUUUUCGUCAGUCCUUAAACAUAAGGCUGAACAUCCUUCAACCGACAUUAGUACAAAUCAGAGAUUUUGUAAGAACAAAACCACCGACUUUAACACCAGGAAUAAAAAAACUAGUCGAUGUUCUUCAUUCCCGAAAUGUUCCUGUAUUUUUAGUUUCCGGUGGCUUUAAAUGUUUCAUAUCCCCAAUAGCAUCCAAACUCAAUAUUCCAAUAGAAAAUGUAUUUUGCAAUCGACUGAAAUUCUACUAUACAGGAGAGUAUGCUGGGUUUGAUGAAAAUGCGUUCACAUCGGAAAGCGGUGGAAAGGGGUUAGUAGUUAAUUAUCUUAAACAAACUUUUGGAUUUAAAAAGCUUGUCAUGAUCGGGGAUGGAAUGACCGAUUUGGAAGCAUCGCCUCCUGCUGAUGCAUUUAUAGGCUAUGGCGGUAAUAUUAUUAGGGAAAAAGUCAAAGCCAAGUCAAAAUGGUACGUGACGGAUUUUAACGAGUUGAUAGGUCUCCUUAAAGAAAAGUGAAAUAUGUAAUUUUUAAGGUGUAGGUGACUGAAAUCGUUGUUAAUAUAUUUUGUUAAAUAAAUUUGCCUUUUUGUUA